UGAACAGUAUCUGAAAACACGGCGCCGUAAUGGAGAACGGUGAAGCAAGCGGCGCCGGAAGAAACACGACACCGACGAAAGGAACGCUAACCCUAACCCGAUUCCAACCCCUCUACCGCCCGCCGGGAAUGCACCGCCAUGCGGGAAGGUGACGUCGCCACCCCCUUCACCGACUUCCGCCCUCAGGCCCUUCACCAGCCUUAGCCAGGUCGAUGCUGACCUAGCUCUCGCCCGCGCACUCCAAGAACAGGAGAGGGCGUACGCAAUGCUGAGGAUGAACGGCGUCGAUUGCAGCGAUUACGGAAUCUCCGACGCCGGUAGCUACGAUUACGAGGAGGGAGCCGGACCAUGUGAUCGAGGACGACGCGGGGAACAUCGAGGGGAGCGAUUACACGAGGACGCUUUCGAUGCCAAUGAUCCUGAUGUUGACGAUGAGACAUUCGCAAUGGCGCUUCAGGAUUCUGAGGAGCAAGAGGUGGCUGUUCGGUUGAUGGCCGUCGCAGGGGUAUCAGAUGAUCAUGAUGACCAUGGCGAUAACUCUCAAGAUGCCUGGCAAGAGGUUGAUCCAGAUGAGUACUCAUAUGAGGAACUAAAUGCACUGGGCGAGGUUGUUGGAACUGAAAGUAGAGGCCUUUCGGCUGACGUGAUAUCCGCUUUGCCUUCAGUAAGUUACAAGGCAAACAAUGUCCAAGACAGCAAUUCUGAACAGUAUGCAUACAUCUCGAUUCAUCAUAUGCUGUCUGGAGUAUGAGGAUGGUGAUUCUUUGGUGCUGCUUUCUUGCAAGCACAUAUAUCACCUUGAAUGCAUAAACACGUGGCUCCAAAUAAACAAGGGGUCUCAUCACGGAGGACAUGGGAGGGGGGAAGGGCUUUGCUAUGCAGAAGAAGAGCUUCGUCCACGGAACAAUUCCAAG